AUGGUUUUUCGAAUAUUUAUAACAGGAUCGUUUGAUUUUGCAGGGUUCCAGGUUCAAGACUGACGCUCGAAACGAGAUAAGCGGCAAAAAGGCGGAGAAGAUAGCGACGAUGGGGUCGACGUUUUCCUCGGCAAGCUCUGCCGCCGCCGCACCCAGCCCCACAGCCAUGAAGAAUCUCGAGCAAAACCUCAUUCACAACAGGUUCCUUUCCAUCAAAUCGGUAUUCACUCAAUGAGUUCUUAUUGAAAAUAAUAUCGUUAGUCGUUAAAGUUCAGAUGAAAAAUUGCAGUUCUUUUUAUUUUUUUUUCAGUUUUUGUUUUCUAAAAAAAAGCUCUUCUAAUAACUGUUUUCGCAAUAGAAAAUGAAACAUCCUUUUUUAAAGUUUGCCAAAGAAUGAAAGUUUUGCUGAACAAUAUUAAUUUGUAUGGUAAUUCUUCUCAAAAGAAUAAAAUUUUUUGAAAUUUGGAGUGAACUCAUAACCUUAUUUGGAGGACAAUCACCUUUUUGAUAAGGAAUUUUUCUUUAUCAAAAGUAUGUGGCCUAACAAUGUUACUAAGAACCUUUUUGGAACUUUGUUUUAUGGUAAAGUAAAAGUAAAUUUAAUGAUAACUUCACACGGCCAGAAUAAAUCUUCCUGAAAGUUUAGUUGAACUGAGCAAGCGGUUGCGUAAAGAAACUUUUUUUUCAUUUUUUUUUAUUUGAAAAUUUGCGAUGAGCCACCCACUUGACACCAUUGCGCACGUGGGCUCUCUCAUCAUAUCUGUUUUCCUUUUUUCUCUCCAUUUUCGUCAACCUCUCAAGAACUGUCUCAUAUUCCAACGUUUCCAGUGACCCUUCUCUGAAGAUUGCCGUUCCUCCCGUUUCUAAUGUCAUGAAGGAGAAACUCGAUUUUCCCAAAGUUUGAAAAUCUUCGGAAGUCUAUAUUUUCCGUAAGUUUUAAGGUGGAGCUGCAUUUGCACCUCGACGGAUCCAUCCGUUUCUCCACUCUUCUUGACCUUUCAGAGUUUGUUUUUUCUUUUUUAGCGAUAGCCUCUUUUUUCAAUAACUGAUUUUCUCAUUGUCAGUCUAAAGUACAACUCAUCGAUCUUUACUGUUUGCAGGAAGAAAGGAAUUUCCUUGGGCGGCGCCAAGACUGUAGAAGAGCUGAAAAAGGUGCUCAUAACGCACGAACCGGCGAACCUCGCCAAAGUGCUUCAAGCCUUCGAAAUUUUUUUGCCGGUUGUCAGGUUUUUCGACGGAAACCUUAUAUUUCCAAUAGUUUUGCUCAGAGGUGACCUCGAGGCGAUCGAAAGAAUCGCUUAUGAGCUGUGUGAGGACCAGGCGGCCAACAAUGUCGUAUACUUCGAAGGAAGGUACUCGCCGCAUCUCCUGCUGGCCACGGAAAAGCCGGUCAGUUUUCCCGCGACUUCAGCAUAAAGCGAGAAGAGUUGAUCAAUCUGUCUUGUAGUCAGUAUUUUUCAUUGGAAGAAAAAUGCAUUUUUGGCAGUUUGUUUUUCUCAAAAUUUCCGGUUUCGUAGAAAGAUUAAAGAUUCUUAUGUCUCUUAACUAUAAAGUCCGCUUUCUCAUCAAAAGUUUCUUUUUUUAUAUUGAAAAAAAUCUAGAGCAUUUUUAAAGAAAAGAGACGUUCGACAAUUUUGAAAGUAAAAAACCCAAAAGUUGAUUACAAACUCAAAAAAAAUCUGCUUUUUCUGCAAAAAACGAUGAAAAAACUGUUUUUUGUGAUUGGCACUUUCAGUUAUUUUUUUUCAAAAACACUUUUUCCGAUCCUCGCAGGUAGCAACUCAUUUGAGCCACCCCGGAAGCAAAUGAGGAAAAGAGAAUUUCAAAAAUCUGUGAAUUAUUUUCUCAGUGAAUUAUUAAAAUUGCUGGCUAUUUGGUCUUAAAACAAGUAUCAUAGUAAAAGAAAGCUCAAGGAUAGUUAAGACAGCUUUUCAAUGUUUUUUCUGUUCAACUUUGCGAAACCUGCCGGAUUAGGAUUAGAAAUUUGGUUUUAAACACGCGAUGGAAAAGAAAGACGGAAAUUGUGUCGGAAAAAGUUAUGGCUUGACCUUUGUUCAUAAAACCGAAUUUUUCGGAAAAGACUUAUAAUUGUGUACUUGAAAGCCUAUCGAAUGCCGAAACAUGUUUUGUCAAAUAAUAACAAAAUCUUGAAGGAAGUCACGGCGGCUCACGUCGUAGCUGCUGUGAAGAAAGGCUUCGACCGCGGCGAGGCUGAUUUCGGAGUGAAAGCGCGCUCCAUCGUCUGCUGUAUCCGAGGUCUCAGCCGCCAGUUCCCACAGCUCAUUCUGGAACUCGGUGAGCACCUGUUUCAUGCUCCUAAUAGCUCUUCCAUUCAGCCACUGAGCUGAAAAACUUGGGAGUAGUGGCGAUCGAUGUCGCCGGUUCGGCUCACGGAGCAGAUGAGCAGUAUGAGCCAGAGGUCAUCGCAGCUUUCAAGGUGAUUUCUCGAAGUUUUAGUUUAGACCUUUAUAAGUCCAGACAAGUCAAGCUCGCAAAAAAGGAACUUACAAGGGAAGUGUUUUUGGUGGCCGGUUGAACUUUUGUUGAAACUUUGCUGAAAGGUACUAUAAGUCCUCCUCUUUCCAGAACACGAAUAAAAUUUCUCGCAAAAGAUCUCGUUUUUGAUUUAUGAAGCUUCAAAAUUUGCAUGCUGAAUAAGUGCUGCAAGGCAAGAGGGAAUCUGGGAUAAGUUUUAGGGGGCCCUAUAGGGGGUAAAUUAGGGCCCCUUGGAGGGGUCCCUAAAUGAAACCCUAUAGGGACCCCUACGAAUUUUUAGGGGUCCCUUUAGGGGGGCACGGAAAAAUUUCUGAAAUAGCUCCGGGAGGAAAUAGAGAAACCCUUAUUGAAUGCGAAUCGUUAACACAUCCGCAGUAAACUCAUCUCAUCGCGUUUGAAACUGUUUCCAAAUUUAUUGAAACGAAUUGAAAAACAUUAAAAAGCAAUCAGGAUCAUCAAUGGAAACAGAUAGACAUAAGUAACAAAAACAACGAGCAAAAAAACUGAAGAUAUGUAUACGUAACAGGAUAUUCGAGGAAGCAAAAAAACUUUUGGCCGUAAAAGACCCGUAUAAAUAUUUGACACGUCUAAAUCACUGCCAACGGAAACCGUAUUGAUCAAUCUAAUAGGAGCUCUUCAAGACAAUAAAGAUACGCCUAAAGCAUAUUGAUAUAAGCGCUACUUGCAAAAAAAUAGAAGAAAAACGCAUUGUGUCAAGGCAGAUAAUUGGGCAACUUUCAAUAAAAAACGUUGGGACUUCGACACGGAAACGGUUGAAACUACUUACAUAAGAGCAAAAAGUUUGGCACAUAAAAAAAAGAACAAUUGAACAGUUAGCAAAAAACAACCAACGUUGACAUUUGAAAGCAACUUAUUGAAUUGCUCGGCCCGCGGUAAUCUUCCGUUGAUUCUGGUUCAUGUGGCGGCUCAAAAUUUCCGUCGGCUGAUUCCGUGCUUCUACGAUCAUUUAUCAUUAUCAACAUUUUCGAUAUACCUUUCAGAAUCUUCAUCGCUGCUGUAGAACCAAUGCGCAUCAAUAAAAAUCGCGACUCCGCGGCAUCUUAAUAAAAAAAUUAAUCCUUCUUUAACGAGCAAUAAUCAAAUAGAAUAUAUAAACACGCAUUUACAUCAAAAAAACCUCCAACAAACAUCAUCUACCGGUGAAUUUCUAACGGUUUCACACAAUCCAGUAGACCAAUUAUACAUAGACGAAACUCUGAAAAUAGCAAAAAUAAAAAAAUACUCUGAACAUAUUUACAUAAACCAAUAUAUCAAUUGUACAUAAACGAAACACUGAAAAAUACUGAACCAAUGUACAGAUUGCCGUGUUAACUUUUAUGGAGCACAAAAAAACGCACAAAUCAUUAUAAUACAAUUUGAAACCAUAACGAAAAAAAUCCUACUGACAACUCGUUCGUGAAUAACGUAUUACUUCCUUAAGCACCACAGAAAUUGAUGAAAUAUAAAUACAAGUUAUAAAGUUAAACUAAAAACUGAGUCGACUGAGUCAACUCAAAAACUUAGAAAAAUGGGAAAGAUAUUUAAAAACCACGUUCGUUCCAAAGGGGUGUUCGCGACCCCUUGAGGGUCUUGCAAUUUUUAUGGGAGCGAUUUAGGACCCCCUAUAGGGGGCCCUAGGGAUUUCCCCUAAAAAGACCACUUGCAGACCCCCUAUAGGGGCCCCCUAAAAUCGCGACCCCCUAUAGGGGCCCCUAAAACUUAUCCCAGAUGUGGCUCGCGUACGAUCUCUCUACUCCAGUUGGCAGCGUGGUGUAGUGGCUAGCGUCCUUGCACUGCAGGGUUUAUGACCUGGUUCGAAACUUUUUGAAGAAAUUCGUUUUUGCCAAAACUUUCCUAGGAAGAAUUUAACGACAUUUUUAAAAUCAAUCAAAAUUUUUUCUCCGAAAUAACAUAUUUUUCCAUUUUGUUUUGGUAUACCGCUUAAAAAGCUUUCUUCCGCUUAUAAUAAUGAUUAUUAGAUUAAUAGUCCCUUUUUUGGGGAGAAAAGUUUUACGUGUAAUUGUAUGAAUGUAUUCAGCGCUUCAGUCCAGUUGAUAAUUUAAAAGGAAUGAAUACGAAAAAAUUUACGCCACAGGAAGAUGAGUGAGUCUCCUCUAGAUUAUUGGCAAAAAAUACAGAAAGCGAUCUAUUGAUCAUGCCUAUGGGCCGAGGGAAAAUUUUUGUCGAAAGUCUUAGUAAAUCGAGUGAAAUGAGAAGCUAUGUUGUUUUGGACAAGAAGUUUUGGUCCAUUUCCGCAAUUUCGAUAAAUUCCUCCUAGGAAAGUUUUGGCAAAAACGAACUUCUUCAAAAAGUUUCGAACCUAGGUCAUAGACUCCGCAGUGCAAGGACGCUAGCCACUACACCACGCUGCCAACUGGAGUAGAGAGAUCGUACGCGAGCCACAUUCCCUCUUGCCUUGCAGCACUUAUUCAGCGUGCAAAUUUUGAAGCUUCAUAACUCAAAAACGAGAUCUAUUGCGAGAAAUUUUAUUCGUAUUCUGGAAAGAGGAGGUCUUAUAGUACCUUUCAGCAAAGUUUCAACAAAAGUUCAACCGGCCACCAAAAACACUUCCCUUGUUAGCACAGUUCUUCAAAAAAACCGGCGUAGUCUGCAAAAUCGAAAAUCCAUAACAAUUUAUUAGUCAAAAAUUCCGACCUCUGCUGCUUAAAUCCAUGGCGUUUAAUAAUAAUAAUAAUUCAUUGACAUAUUUCAUUUUCAUUAGGCGCAGACUUGUUCUGCGCCAUUUGGGUUUAGGAUGAGUUGGAAAAAAAAAAUGAGCGUUAGGGUGAAAUUUUCUCUAAAUCAGAUAUGUUGGAGAACACGAUUUUUAGGAUUUUUUGAAAAAAAAACAAUAUCAUCAUUAGACCUUUAUUUAUUGAAAGGCAGUAGUUAGGAAAUUGAAAACAGACUUCACCUCUUACUGGUUAGGCAAAAAUUUUGAUUCAAAUCAAAGAAAAUGCUGUUGACUGUUUGAUUACAACUUUUUAAGGAAGCUUACAAACGCGGAAUUCACAGAACCGUCCAUGCGGGAGAAAGCGGUGGUCCCAAAGAAGUUAUCAGAGUUUGUCAACAGUCAGUGUUGUUUCUGAUGUGAUUUGGCAGGCGAUAGAGGAGAUGCACGCGGAGCGGAUCGGCCACGGCUACCGCGUGAUGCGCGACGACGACAUGUACCAGUCGUACUUCGUCCAGUCGCGGACCGUCCAUCUUGAGGCGUGUCCUUACUCGUCGGUCAUGACUGGAGCCGUGCCACUCGACUGGAAGAACCAUCCCAUCUCAAGGCAAUACUCGUCAUCUCCGCAGUCUUACCCCCCAGUCUUCAGAUGGGCGCAGGAUGACGUCAACUUCUCGGUUUCGCGCGAUGAUCCGACUUGCUUCGACAACUCCAUGUGCAGUGAAUUGGUCCUGGUCAAUAAGGAAAUCGGGGUUUCCCUUCAUCAGCUUUGGAAAUGCGUUAGUUCAAUCGAAAUUCUUUGUUUCUAUCUCAGUUUUUAGCAACUCAACGCUGCGGAAUCCUCUUUUCUCGAAAAAGACGAAAAGAAGAAACUCAUUGAUGUCAUCAGAGCUGCAGAGCCUAAAAAUUAA